AUGACUGGUGCGGGAGAGAACUUUGGUUCUGGAUUGACACAGCUUCUGUUCUUUACAAGCUCACAGAUAUCGACAGCAAUGGGCUUAACAUACAUGGGAAUUAUGAUUGUAGCAUGCACCAUGCCUGUGACAUUGGUUCACUAUCCUCAAUGGGGUAGCAUGUUUCUACCACCUUCAAGAGACGUUGUUAAAGGUAGUGAAAAAAAUUACUACGUUUCUAAAUGGACUGAAGAUGAGAAGCAGCAGGGUAUGCAUCAGGGGAGUGUUAAAUUUGCAGAGAACAGCAGGUCAGAGCACGGCCGUCGUGUGGCCUCUGCACCAACGCCUCCAUAUGCUACCCCAACCAUGCUUGAUGGCAUGUGGGAGAGUUACAACACGAAGUUUAACACUAGGAUUUGA